AUGGAACGCUAUUAUUCGAAAGCAUCUCCCAAGGUAGAUGUUCCAUCUUCAUCAGUGAAUGAACAUCCUCAAAUAUUACCAAAGGAAGUGAGCAUUGGAGUUGAUUCUCCACCUCAAGCAUCAACAAAGGGAAUGAAUAUUGAAAUCGAUUUAGAAAAUCUUCCAAGUGAUCCGGGACUACGACUUGAUAUAAUGAGCUAUCCACCAAAUUUAAUUGAAUUGAAUGCUUCGGUUGUUUGUCUUCGCUAUCUUAUUAUGCAAGGUUUAGCUUUUCGAGGAAAAGAUGAGUCGGAAAGAUCCUUAAAUCAAGGGAAUUUUAUUGAGCUUCUGAAAGUUGUUGCUUCUUGCAAUGAAGAUAUAUCUAAAGUUGUAUUGAAAAAUGCUCCUGACAACCUCAAGCUUACAUCUCCUGACAUCCAAAUUGAUGAGUGUCGGGAUGUAUCUGUCAAGGAGCAAAUGGGUGUUGUUAUACGCUAUGUGGAUAAGAAUGGAUGUGUUAUUGAACGUUUUCUUGGUCUUGUGCAUGUUAGUGAUACAGCUUCAACCUCACUUGAGAUGGGUAUUGAUUCUUUGUUCUCUACUCAUGGUUUAAGUGUUUCCAGUUUGAGAGGUCAGGGAUAUGAUGGUGCAAGCAACAUGAGAGGUGAGUUCAAUGGGUUGAAAAGUUUGAUACUUAAGAGAACUCCUAGUGCUUAUUAUGUUCAUUAUUUUGCUCAUCAACUUCAACUCACAAUUGUUGCUGUUGCUAAAAACAUACAAGUAUUGGGUCAUUUUUUAAUACUGUCACACGAUUAUGCAAUGUUGUUGGUGGUUCUUGUAAGCGCAGAGAUAUGCUUCGAGAGAAUCAAAGAGAAAAAAUCAUUGAAGGUAUUGCAAAUGGUGAAAUUAAUACGGGAAGAGGAUUAA